UAAAAUUGCUACUGAGUGAACCACGCUCAUGCUUUGAAGUAUUUCGUCAGGGCAGUUCCAAUGUGCUUAGUGUACACAAUCAAAACGUGCUUUCUUGUGAAGGACCUCUGUCACUGCAGCUCAGCGUGCCAAACUGCGCGUGAAGAAAGGUGACCGAACCGCUCUGCACUGAAUUGGGCAGACUAGACUACAGCAGAACGGAACUCAAAAUGUUCGGAUUCAUACUGGUUGUCAGUGCCUCUGUUUUAAGUCAUGCCGGUGCCCUCGAAAGAAGUGAUGAUUGUGACAUGCGACCUACCGUAGAAGGAUGCAGCAUUAUACGAAGGAAGUGGAGCUUCGUACCCGAAGCGGGGAAGUGCGAACUCAACUUUGUCUGUUCUCAGCACCCCAAUUCAUUCCAAACUAAGCAGGAGUGCGAAGAUGCUUGUCCGCCAGAUACAGGUCACAAACCUCGGCCAAGAGAUGACUGCUUUUAUUGGCUUCAAAAUUUGAACGAGUGCCGAUUCAAACGCGAAACGUUCUAUCCAGACCCAUAUGGACGGAGGCAGCGUGUUUUGCUGUUUAGAUUCUGUGGCAAAUCAAGCUUGAAGUUGUAUGCUUACUACUUCUACACUGGCGACUGCAGAGAAAUCGUGUUGCGAAGCUGAUGAUCCCGCAAAACAAGAAUCCACUGGUGACUCGGCUUUUUCACAUUUCUAAAGGCUUUUCAUCACCUCAAGUUUUCAUCUAAUGGAAGAAAAUAAAAAAAGCAACUCUUUAAAGCACUUCUUCAUGACAUUACAGUAA